CACACUCCUUGCCGAACCGGUCACCAUUUUGUCAUUAAUACGUUACUAGCAAGAUCGAAUCAUCUGCAGCGAGUGCCGGCUAACUUUUUCCUAAUUUUAACAACAAAUAACGACUUAAAACCGAAAUAAACAUAUAAAAACCAGUGCUAGUCAUUCGAAAUUAGUGAAAAUAACAAAAUGAGUACUGAACUCGCUAGUCCAGUCUUGAACGUGGAUAAAUGCAGCGUUUUAUUACUUGAUAUUGCCGGUACUACGACUUCAAAUACUUUCUUGAAGGAGACUCUUUUCUCUUACGUCGACAAGCAAGUUGAAACGUUUCUGAAAGAAAAAUGGGAAGACGAGGCAGUCAAAGAAGCCGUCAAAACGUUAAAGGACGGCGAACUAGAUCUGGAGGCCGCGGUGGCUCUCGUUAAGGAACUGACCGAGAAAAACAGUGACAACAAGGGUUUGAAAGCGUUGCAAGGUUUGAUCUACAAGAAGGGAUACGAAAGUGGUGAACUUAAAGCUCACGUAUUCCCGGAUGUACCUACCGUCCUGGAAUCAUGGGCGAAAUCUCGCAAGGUCGCAAUUUACUCGACCGGCAGUCUAGAAUCUCAAAAACUCUUGUUCGCUCACACCACCGAGGGCGAUUUGUCAGCACACAUUACAAAAUAUUUCGACCAGGAUACCGGCUCGAAAACCGAAUCUGGCAGCUACGAAAAAAUCUCGAAGGAACUGGAGGUCAAGGGAGAAGAAAUCGUUUUCAUUACCGAUGAUGUCGCGGAAGCCAAAGCUGCCAAAACCGCCGGUUUGGUAACAUCGCUUAUCACCAGAGAGGGAAACGACGCGUUGCCUGAAGACGCUGCGAAGGACUUCCCAGUCAUCACAAGUUUCAAGGACAUCGUCCUUGAAAAGUCCGUCAAGCGCAAAAACGAGGAGGAGGUUCCCCCUACAGAGGAAGAACGACCACCGAAAAUUGCGAAAAAAGAAGAAAACGGCACCGCAGAAAACGGACUCGCUGAGGAUAAACCUAAACCGGCUAAAGAAGAAACUAAAGCACAAGAAAAGAUCGAAGACGAACCAAUGGAAGUGGACGCAGCUGUAGAAAAAGUGGAAAAAGUUAAAGAAAAAGCCGUUGAAGCCACAAAAGAAACUGAUGAAGCACCAAAAACCGAAACCAAGACUGAGGACAACACUGCUGCAAAAGAACUGACUAAAACCGAUGAAACACCCACAGAACCAAUUAAAGAGACAAAGACUGAGGAGAAGAAACCGGAAGAAAAGACGGACAAAAAACCCGCCGAAAAAGACGAAAAACCCAUGGAGACUGCAGAAUCAACCGAAAAGCCUGAAGAAGAAAAAAAGACGGAACAGUUACCAAAAGUAGAAGAAAAGAAAAAAGACGCUAGUAACGUAGAAAAAGAUAAGGAAACUAACGUAGUGGAAGAUGAAAAGAUGGACGUAACGCCCUGUGAUAAAGUAGAAACUGAUGAAAGCAAAGUAGUAGAAACUGAAUCAAAGAAAGUAGAACCCGAAACCAGCAAAGAAGUAGUAGUUGAAGAAAUGAAAGUCGACUCACAAGAAACUAAAGUAACAACAGAAGAAAAGAAAGUAACAACUGCCGAUAAGAUAGUGACAGAAGAAAAGAAAGUAACGACCGUAGAAAAAAAAGUAGAAAAGAAAGUAACAACAGUAGAAAAGAAAGCUGAAGAAAAAGUUGAGAAGAAAGCGGAAGAAAAAGUAGAAAAGAAAGCGGAAGAAAAAGUAGAAAAGAAAGCGGAAGAAAAAAUAGAAAAGAAAGCGGAAGAAAAAGUAGAAAAGAAAGCGGAAGAAAAAGUAGCAAAGAAAGCGGAAGAAAAAGAAAAGAAAGCGGAAGAAAAGGCAGAGAAAAAAGUAGAAAAGAAAGCAGAGGAAAAGGUAGAAAAGAAAGCAGAGGAAAAGGUAGAAAAUAAAGCAGAGGAAAAGGUAGAAAAGAAAGCCGAAGAAAAAGUUGAAAAGAAAAAGGAAUCGUCAGAAAAAGAAAAAUCCGAUAAACCUAAAGCAGAAACGGCAGUUAAAGAAGUAGCGACGAAAGAAAAGAAAGAAUCCGCAGAUAGUAAACCAGCGGAAAGCAAAGAAACCACUGUAACCAAACCGGAAGAAAAGAUUGUAGAAAAAAAGGAAGAAACCAAACCUGUAGAAGAAAAGAAAACCGACAAAGAUGAAGCGACGGCGAAACCAGAAGAAAACGGCGACAAACCGGACAGUAAAGAAGAAAAGAAGGAAGGAGAAACAAACGGCGAAGAAAAAGCGGAAGUAGUGAAAGAAAAAGAGAACAAAAGUGUGCUGGCUAACGGUGUCGAAGAAGAAGCGACGAACGGUACGUCUACUGAAGAGAAACAAAACGGGGAAGCUAGCGAAAAGACGACGGAAGAAAUUAAAGUGAAGAAAAUCGACGAAGCUCCUCCCACAGAUACCACCACCCCACCCGUAAGUGUCGAAGUGUAACUCGUUUUUUCUUUCUUUUACGAUUCGUUUCACUUGUCCUGUAAACAUUUAGUGUUUUUUUAUUAAUUUUUUAUAAUUUUUUUUUCUUAAUUUAUUCGUAUUAUCUAUUAAUUUGUUGUCUCUGACUAAUUAAUUCGGUUACUACUAUUGAGGACGCGGUUUGUUCGCAGUUUCUUACUUUUAUCGUACGUUGAGAGAGAUUACUCCGGGCGCCAGAAGCAAAAAUGUUAAAUAAUUCUUAAACGGUUUAAAUUGACGCAAAAAUGGUGAAGACCUUUUUUGUAUAUAAUAAAAAUUUUCGUUCUUUUUGUUUGUAUUUUUUUUAUAUGAUUGAUAUUUUCCGAGGUAAGACGAUUUUAAAGUUUUUUUCUUUGUUAAAAAUCGUUGACUAAAAAUAUUUAUUCAACUUUGUAUUUAAAAGAAAAAUCUUUGAAGGGUCUUAACUCGAAAAAUACAAAUGGUAUAAAAAAGUUUUGAACGAAAAUAAUGCUAAAUAUUAUCUAGAAAAAAGGUCUUUAUAAUAUUUGCUGUAGUAUUGACCAUUUAAGAGUUAUUUAACAAAAUGGCGACUGACUUUAAAAUUUUACAACCCCGCACUUGAAUGAUUAAUUUUUAGAUAUUUCUGGCGCUCGGACUAGAUUAUGUGAGAUGAUUCGGGCGUCAGAUGUAAAAGCGCCAUUUUGUUGAAUAACUCUUAAACUGUUUAUAUUACUAAAAAAAAAAUGUUACAAGACCUUUUUUAAAGAUAAUAAUUUUAAAUUAUGACGUUUAAAAUUUUUUUUGUAUCAUUGGUAUUUUUCGAGUUACGACGCUUUUAAGUUUUUUAAUGUCUUUUUUUUUUUUGUGAAAAAUUUCGUUAUAGAAACAUCACAAACUUGUAUUUUUAAUCUGGCGUACAUCGAUAGAUAACGAGGCGUUUCGUUAAAAAAAAAAAAACUUAGAGGCGUCGUAAUUCGAAAAUUAUAAAUGUUACAAAAAAAGUUUUAAAUAAAAACAAUGCAAAAAUUAAUUAUUUAAAAAAAGGUAUUUACAUGUUUUGCAGUAAUAUUGACCAUUUAAGAGAUUUAACAAAAUUACUACUAACUUUAAAAUUUUAAAACCACGCACUCUGAGGAUUCAUUUUUAGAUAAUUUUGGCGUUCGGUAUAUAUUUGAAAGAGUACUUUGGGCGCCAGAUGUAAAAACGCCAUUUUGUUAAAUAACUCUUAAACUGUUUAUAUUACGAAAAAAAAUGUUAAAGACCUUUUUUGAAGAUAAUAAAAAUUUUCAAUUUUAAAAUUUAAAUUUUGUUUUGUAUCAUUGAUAUUUUUCGAGUUAUGACGCUUUUAAGUUUUUUAAUGUUUUUUUUUUGUGAAAAAUUUCCUUACAGAAACAUCACAAACUUGUAUUUUUAAUUAAAAAAAUUUUUAGUUAAAAAAAAAACACUUUAAAGCGUCGUAACUCGAAAAUUACAAAUAUUACAAAAAAAAAUUCAAAUGAAAGCUAUGCAAAAUUUAAUUAUCUACAAAAAAGGUAUUCACCAUUUUUGCUGUAAUAUUGACCGUUUAAGAGUUAUUUAACAAAAUGACAACUGACUUUACAAUUUUAUAACUACACACUCUGAGAAAUUUUCAUAUAGUUCUGGCGUCCGGACUAGACUGUUGGAAACUAAUCGUAGCCCAGUCGUUUGUCGGUCGUUUUGACAGCUGUCUAAUGUCAUAUGUGAUCAUUGAAAUUUUAUUUAUUAAUUUGGCUGUUUUAACUGUGAUCUUUGUGUUUAAAAAAUGUUCUCGAUACUCGAGAUGUGAUACUUUAAAUUAUAAGCGCGAUUAAAUGGUAAAUUUUUUUAAGUUAAACGUCUCUAUUUUAGAAACGGUUAAACUUAAAGGUUUGAUUAAAAAACAGAAAAGUUGCGUAAUUAAAUGGUCAAUAACGACAGAAACAAAUACACCUUAUUUUGAAAAAUUAUUUUGUUAAAAUAACAUUGAUUAAAUAUUUUCAAAAAUAAGGCUUUAUGAAUUUGUUUUUGUCACUUUAUCAGCACCUUAAAUACUCAAAACUUUUGUAAAAUAUCACGAUUUUAUAUUCUAAAAAACAUCACUUUUCUAGCUAGCGAUUUUGACGUGCGUCAAUUAAUGAUAGUCGUCUGAAAACGGUUGACAGCUGUCAAAAAGCAAAUGUCUACGACUGAUAAGCGACGAACGAUCGGUUUCCGCGAAUGUAUGUUUGAAAUUAAUGGAGAAUCAUUUUUUUGUGAUAAUUGUUCCUGUUAGGCUAAAAUCUUCCAAGUAUAUAAGUGCCAACGAUACAUACACACGUUUUAAGACUGGUAUUUUGAGAAUAUUAAAAAAGACUGCGAAUAGUUUGGGGGGCUUGUAUUUCGAAAUUUAAAAAAAAUCAGUAUUUCUUAUCUAUUAUUAUCUUGCUAAGACUGUAAAUGUAAUUGAUAACCCAUAAUAUACUUGAACCAUUUUUGAUGGCGUUCUUUUAUAAAUAUGAUAAUUUUUUUUAGUUUUUGUACUUAGUGUGAAGUAAAACAUUUAUCGGAACUAAAACAUUCCUAGUGAAUUAAUAUUAUUCGUUUUAUUUUUAACUAAUUGAAAAAAGUAAAGUAAAAAAUACUCGUUUUUAUUCGUUCUGAUGUGAAUCUCUUUGAUGACAUUUAAUUAAUUAAAAUGUUUGUUCGGAAUCGUGACGAGCUGAAUGAAAAUUUUUCUAGCAGUCACGGUUUUUUUGAGUUUUUAAUCGUUUUUUUUAUAAUUUGGUGUAUUUGAUGGGCCUAAUAAAAGGUUCUAUUUAUUGUAUACGUUUAAGCACCAUAAUAAAAACUUUUGUAGCGUUUUUUGUAUCAUUUAAUUUACCUUCAUCAUUCCUC